AUGAAGCUGAGAGGUUUUGUGGUCCUGGUGCUGCCCCAGAGCUGUGCUGCAUACAAGCUGAUCUGCUACUACACCAGCUGGUCCCAGUACCGGGAGGGAGAUGGGAGCUGCUUCCCAGAUGCCAUCGACCCCUUCCUCUGUACCCACAUCUACAGCUUUGCCAACAUAAGCAACAAUGCGAUCGACACCUGGGAGUGGAAUGAUGUGACACUCUAUGACACACUGAACACACUCAAGAACAGGAAUCCCAGCCUGAAGACCCUUCUAUCUGUUGGAGGAUGGAACUUUGGUUCUCAAAGAUUUUCCAAAAUAGCCUCCAACACCUGGAGUCGCAGAACUUUCAUCGAGUCGGUGCCACCAUUUCUGCGGACCCAUGGCUUUGAUGGACUGGACCUAGCCUGGCUCAACCCCGGGCGGAGAGACAAGCAGCAUCUCACCACUCUGGUCAAGGAAAUGGAGGCUGAGUUUGCAAGGGAAGCCCAGGCAGGAGCAGAGCAACUCCUGCUCAGCGCGGCAGUGUCUGCUGGGAAGAUUGCCAUUGACAGAGGCUAUGACAUCGCCCAGAUAUCCCGACACCUGCACUUCAUCAGCCUUCUGACCUACGACUUUCAUGGAGCGUGGCGCCAGACCAUAGCACAUCACAGCCCCCUAUUCCGAGGCCAGGAAGAUACAAGUUCUGACAGAUUCAGCAAUGCUGACUACGCUGUGAGCUAUGUGUUGAGGCUGGGGGCCCAGGCCAAUAAGCUGGUGAUGGGUAUCCCCACUUUUGGGAGGAGCUUCACCCUGGCCUCUUCCAAGACAGAUGUGGGAGCCCCGACCUCAGGGCCAGGAAUACCAGGCCGGUUCACCAAGGAGAAAGGGACCCUCGCCUACUAUGAGAUCUGUGACUUUCUCCGCGGAGCCACAGUCCAUAGACUCCUUGGUCAGCAGGUCCCCUAUGCCAUUAAGGGCAACCAGUGGGUGGGGUAUGACGACCAGGAGAGCAUCGAAAACAAGGUGCGGUACUUGAGGAACAGGCAGCUGGCUGGCGCCAUGGUGUGGGCCCUGGACUUGGAUGACUUUCAGGGCACCUUCUGCGGACAGAAUCUGCACUUCCCUCUCACCAGUGCCAUCAAGGAUGCGCUCGCUGAGGUGUAGCCUUCGGUUCUUGGGCACACAGUGGGGCAGAGAUCACUUGGCCCUGACUGGCUAGGAGCCUGAUCACCUGCCUUGCUGGGUCCCCUGUUGAGCUUCAGUCUCCCUUCCUUGGGCCCAUGCGGAGGGCCACAGCUCUGCCAUCUGAGCUCAGCUCUGGUGGACAGGCAGGUAGGAGUGGGGCUGUGGGACCAGCACAGUGUAAGACACGGGGUCAGCACAUAGCCGCUGAGUAAGGAGCAUGCUCAACUACUCCAGGCCCCACACAAGGAGAUUUCUUCACCUCCCUCACCCCCAGGCCUCUAUGCCUAAGGACACCCUUUUGGCAAGCUGUACCACUGCAGAGUGAAAUAUCUUACAAGAAGCAGCAACCACGCUAAUUAUAUCCUCUGCGAAGCCCAGCUUGAAACCUUUACUCAGGGUCAUAAUCAUGUCCCCACUCCGCUUCCCUUUCCUGAUUCUGCACCUGCUCAGUAAAGCA